AUGGAGUACCUGUUCCUUGGUUGGUUCGCCCCUCCCCCGCCGCCGCUGGCAUCAGAAAAAAAAGCCGUAUCCACACCCAGAGAAAGCCAAAGAAGUUUCCAGAUUGUGCGUGUUGUUGGCAGCUCUCUCUGGACGACGGAGCUGGAUUAUACCCACUCACCCACCCUCCGUCAGAGCAGCAACCACGCGCUUGAUCAUGCGCCAUUCGCAUUCUCCAUGACCAUGACUAACUGUAAGCACAUAAUGGCCAGUAGCCACCGUCGUUCGUUUGCGAGUUUUGGCGUUUGCAUGACUUUGACACACCUCAAUCCACCUGCCAAGACUCCCCAAGACUCUCCUUCUCCUCUCCCGCUAGAACUAAAGCCGCCUACCGUACCGCCCUUCCCGACUACUUUUUUGUCAGUCUUAAUCCCAUGCUCUUCCGAGAAUAGAAAAUCGAGUGGAGGAUGAGUAAUAAAGAACAUGGUAAAUAGUAGUAUGGCUGAUACUUUGGGCUUCCAUAUUUGUCCCAAUUGGGUUCCCGCAGCCCAAUCCAACCUCCUUGUCGUGUAUGCACUUGUGACUGGCUAGCCCGCCCACCCGGGUAUCAACUCCCACCAUCUUCAUUGCAGCCUCUCCUCCAUAGAUAAACACCACGGAUUUCCUUUGUCCUAGACUCGUAGAAUAGGACUG